AUGCUGGAUCAGCCACCUUCUGUGUCCUCGCCCCUCGGAACCACAAUCCGUCUGGCCUGCACGUUGAGCAGGGACCAUGAUGUCAGCAUUUAUAGCAUCUACUGGUACCAGCAGAGGCCCGGACACCCUCCCAGAUUCUUGCUGAGAUAUUUCUCCCAUUCAGACAAGAGACAGGGCCCGAAGGUCCCUCCACGCUUCUCCGGAUCCAAAGAUGUGGCCGAGAACACGGGGUAUUUGAGCAUCUCUGGGCUGCAGCCUGAGGAUGAGGCUAUGUACUACUGUGCUGUGGGCACCCAGAGCUUGGAGAGGGAUAAGAUGGAGAUGGAGAACGAGGAAGAAAAGGAGCCUGCUGCUUCAGUGUCCCAGGCACCCCAGACACAUUUACCGUGA